CUGAGUCGACGAUGUCCCGGUUGCUGAUCCCGGUGCUGCUGUGCGGGGUGUGCGCAUGCGCGGUGCAGCAGCGGGACUACGGAGUGAAGCUGUGCGGGAGAGAGUUCAUCCGCGCCGUCAUCUUCACCUGCGGGGGGUCGCGAUGGAGACGAGCCAUCGACCUGCAGCUCCCGGGACACGAUUCGAAUCUGCUGCUCUCUCAGCAAAGCUCGUCAGAUGGAGACGAGCAACUCGGCUGGAUAAAAAACAACGAUGCAGCUCCAGACAAACAAUCCUCCAUCCUCUCCUCCUCUCUCAGUGACCUCCUCCAGGCCGUAGGCGCUCAGAGGAACACCAGAGAUGAGUCGAGUCUGACUGAGGAAAUGCAGAGGAGCUGGCUGGACCCACUCUUCUCCUCCAAGCCACUAGGGGGUGAGCGUGUCAGGAGUUUAGACCUUGGCUGGCUUCAGGAGGACCGCAGGAGGCGUAACUACUCGCUCGGCCUGGCGGGGAUCUGCUGCAAUCAGGGCUGCACUAAGAACGACAUCGGACGCCUGUGCUGAGGAUGGAGGGAUGAAGCGGACGAGUGCGGUCUGGGACUUUAUUUACACACAGACGGACCUCUUAACGCUGCUGCUCCAGAAAUGUCCAGUUUGUAAAUAUUGUGUAUGAUGUAACAAUAUAAAUGAACAAAAAUAAAUAAACAUUAUUGUCAGAGA